AUGCCUGAACCAAUGUUAACAGAUGAACAAGAAAAUGAGCUUAUACGUCAAGUUUUUAAUGGAAAACUUGAUAAUUUGCCGAAUUUAAGUUCAAAAAUUGUUCGUAUUUUCACCUCUUCUACGUUCACUGAUACAAGUAUGGAACGAAAUACACUCAUGCAAGAAACUUAUCCAAAAUUAAAAGAGUAUUGUCGAGAAAAACAUGGACUCGAAUUUCAAGUUGUUGAUAUGCGAUGGGGUGUGAGAGAUGAAGCUACAGAUGAUCAUAAGACAACAGAGUUGUGUAUGCAAGAAAUAGACAAUUGUCAGCGAGUAUCUGUUGGACCAAACUUUGUGGUCUUUUUGGGUCAAAAAUACGGUUAUCGUCCAUUACCAACAAAAAUUGAAGAGAAAGAAUUUGGUAUGAUAACAUCCGUGUCAGCGAAAGAAGACGCAAGGUUACUAAAUCAAUGGUUUAAAUUGGACACAAAUAAUAUGCCCUCAUUGUUUGUUUUACAACCAGUCAGUUCAAUUUUUACAAAUUUUACAAACAAGGCACAACCGAGGCUGAUGGAGGAAGAUCAAACCCAGUGGUGGGAAACAAUGGGAAAAUUAAGUCGAGCUGUUCGUUUUGCAGCCAUGGAAUUAUUUAAACAAGGUUUAUUUACCCAGUUUGACAAUCAUCGUUAUAAUUGGUCGGUUACCGAACAAGAAGUUGUUCGUGGAAUUUUAAAUGCUAAAGAUAAUGAAGAUCAUACAUUAGCAUUUAUAAGAGAAAUACGUAACAUUAAUGUCAGUUUAUUAAGGUAA